UACUAUUGAUAAAAGUUACGCUGACGCGGCAGUAGCUUAUUAGCUACUAAUAAAUCCCAAUCUGUUUCAUCCCCAUCACAGCAAAACCAGAGCUUGGAGAGUGCCUAAGGCAACGUACAGCUUUGUUUGUUUUUGGAAGACAAUCGUAUCAUUCAAGGAUCAACUGAUACUGUUUGCGGAUUUAGUUGCCUAAAGAGAAGGGUUGGAAUCAAAUAAGAGCGUAAUGGGUUUUGUGGUUACAACUCUAAUCUUUGCAAUGGUGGGCGUAAUUGCUUCCCUUAUGGUCAGAAUCUGCUGCGGUAGAGGCGCUUCGGCCAAUUUGCUCCAUCUUACACUGGUGAUCACAGCAGUAGUGUGCUGUUGGAUGAUGUGGGCAAUUGUAUACGUUGCACAGAUGAAACCACUCAUUGUUCCAAUCCUCAGUGAAGGAGAGUGAGGUGAAACAUUGAAGAAUCUGUUCGUGCAGAAUUGGGUCACACAUCAUUGUUUCAGACUUCCCAUUCGGGAUUUAGAUGUAUAAUUUUGGAAGAGAGUUGGUCGGAAUUUAAGAGACCUGGGAUUGGUUGUUGUAUGGCCUUCUCCCAAUAUAUUUGUUUGCUUCACCUUCAUCCUUGGAAAACAGGGUGAUAGAACAGUCUGUAUUUUUAUUUUUUGGUCGUAGAUAGACCAAUUUGUAUGUAUGUAACUCUCUUUUUUCUUUUUUUUCGAUGUGAAAUAAAAAGUCGAUCUUGAGUGUCUA